AUGGCGACUUCGCCCGAGAGUCGCAACUCUAAGGUGAAGAAGAAGAGCGGAAGUGCCGCAGGGAUCCUGGACCUGCUGCAGGCCAGCAAACAAGUGGGCGGGAUCGACUACAACACCAACAGCCAGCCGCCUGCGUCUCCCAGCACACAGGAGGCCAUCCAGGGCAUGCUGUCCAUGGCCAACCUGUCCUCCUCGGAGACCCUGGAGCAGCCGUGGAGCAACAGCCAGUCAAAGAGCAACUCGCACGGCUCGCAGGCGUACAAGAAGAGCGGCGCGGGAGCCGGCGGGAGCAGCAACAGCAAGCGGCCCACCAAGAGGCUCCCGAAGAAACCCCGAAAAAGCAGCAGCAUCGAGAGCCUGGACUAUGACGACGACGAGCAGGAUCACAUGGAUGCAUGUUUCAAAGACUCCGACUACGUGUACCCGUCGUUGGAGUCCGAAGAGGACAAUCCCGUUUUCAAAUCGAGAUCCAAAAAGAGGAAAAGCAGCGACGACACUCCGUACAGCCCGACAGCGCGGGUCGGACCCUCGGUACCUCGGCACGAGCGACCGGCGAGAGAAGGAGCCCGCGUGGCUUCGAUCGAAACGGGGCUGGCCGCCGCCGCGGCCAAGCUGUCUCACCAGGAGGAGCAGCAGAGGACCAAGAAGAAAAAGAAAAGCGGCAAGAAGAAGAGCGCGGCGGCGGAGGAGCCGCCGAAACACUCUCAGGACAGCAGCUCCCCGGACCACAACGCCGACUCGCAGGAAGGCAGCCUGACCGACCACGAGUUCACCACCGGCACCGCCAAGUCCCCGGGCGGGCCGCAGCCCAUGGCGCCGGGGAUCUUCCUCAGCCAGAGGCGGCCGUCGGUGUCCUCUCCCAACAACAGCACCAACUCCACGAGCACCAACAGCAGCAGCGCCGCCAGGGCGGACCGACUGGGCCCCGCAGACGCCAAAGCUAAGCGGCUAAAGAAAGGCAUGGCGACGGCCAAACAGAGACUGGGAAAGAUCCUAAAGAUCCAUCGAAACGGAAAGCUCCUCCUGUAGCACGCAGCAGCAGCAGGCCGUUAAUGGACUGGGCCGGUUGACCGACUGGCCGGUUGACCGACUGGGCCUCGUCCCAGACUCGCAACCUGCUCACUAACAAAAAGUCAACAAGAGGAGAAUUAGGAAAAAAUAAAAAAAUAAACUGAAACGACGCAGGAGCGGAGGAAAAUCAUGCAUUUUUCAAUUUCUAAGAAGAACAUCACUCAGAUAGGUUUUUGCCUCUACUUAUACUUUAUAACUUUCAGAUAUUAAAGUGUACAGAAGCUAUUAUAAAUAUUUUUUAAGAGAACAUGUCUCAUUUUACUACAGCUGUCAUUUUAUCAGGGGUUGCUCAAUAGAAGUACAUUGCAGUCAUUCCAAGAUUUGCGAAAGUAUCCCCUGCAUGUGUAUGAGUUGCAUGCGUGCUUCGGGUCGGGGGUCGGCGGAGUAGAGGGGUUCGGGAGGUGUGCGGGGGAGGGAGGGGCUCCUACCCACGGAUGCAGCUUAUCAUUGUCAGACUGAGCCGGAAUCUUCCUGGAGCGUCGGAUCGGAUCAGCACCGACCCCAAGCAGCAUUUAUGCCUUCACAUCCACACUUACCGUUCGCAGAGCACUAUCAGCGCCGCCACUUAUUUAUUCUAGUUCGAGUCGUUAGGUAGGAAAACGGAAACCAACGACUGUAAAGCACAAAGCACACCGAGUCCGGACGUUUCUCCAACGUGAACGUAGGUCGACGCACAUCGGCGGACCGGACCAGGGGAACCAGGGAGGUGGGGGGGGGGGAAAAGCGGAGGAACCGGGACGCGACGCGGGAACACGACGAUGAGCCUCAUCCCUGACAGAGACGCAGUCACACGGGGAUACUUUCUCUCUUCCUUUGCUUCCACAGGCAGCACAGCACACUUUCCACUUGUUUCUGUGUUUUUUGUUUUGUUUUAAUGGCUCCACUGUAUAGAAUGUAGCUUUGUACAUAGCCUUUUAAGUUUUUGUAUCUUUUUUUUUUUUUAUUAUUUUUUUGCCUCCCACUUAAUUCUACAUUUUUACUUUUUUUUUGUUAUACAUAUAUAAUUUAAUUUGAAAAGUAUCUAUGUAUGUAUAUGAAUUUCCGAUAUUGUCCUCCUUUUCCGCCUCUCCGGUCAUCAGUGCUGCCUUGGGAAACAACAGAAGGAAUUAGCCGACAUGUUUAUCGUCAUAUGGCCUUACAUACACAAAGCUAACUGUAUUGUGAUUCUGUUUGAGCGAGAAGUGAAGCUUUGAGGAGAAAAAACUGUAGAAAAGAAGAAAAAAAACAAACAAAGUUUCUAUGACCAGCCACUUGUCCGACUUCUAGUAUCCUGAAGGUUUCAGAAUUAUUUUACUAGCACCUUGUGAAGUGUUUCUGUGUCAGUGAUGUAAUUUAUUAAUGUUUGUAGCUUUUUUAUACUUGUACAAUUCUUAAGAGGUUUUGCUUUUGGAUAUAUAUCAUCAAAGUUGUGAAACGACCCUUUAAUUUGUUUGUUUUUUUUCCAUGUUGCGGUGCGUGUCGGAGGCGUCGCACUAGAGCUCGCCGGUCGCCCUCCGCCCCGUCCCGCCAGACGUGUGUCACGUGUUCCUGCAGCGGCGUCCAUCGCGUCUCCACCGGGACGUUCUCUCUCCUCUCGUCCUCUCAGCAAUUACUUUUUUUUUCCCUUUGAGGUUUUUAAUUUGUACAGUACAUGUGUUGCUUUGUCGUGAUUUAUUUUUGUAUGUCUGACUCAUUAAAUGCAUCCACUGUGCCCCAGCAGUGAAUCAUA